GUGUUAAGGUUGAAGAUGGAUUUACCCUUGUGAACCUUCACCAAAGUCAAGUAUCAUUUGCGAGAGAUCCAUACAUCCUAGCAUCUCAAGCAAAACAAGUCUUUUAUUCAAGAGAAGAUGAUUCCUCUAAUUGGUAUGUUGUAUUGAAGGCACCACCAAGAGGUUACCAUGAGCUAGAGGUCGACGAUGAAAAUGCAGAUGUAGCCUCAAUGCCACCAGAAAUUGACAUGGAUAUUGACGAGUCUAGUGAUGAAACUAGAUAUGUCAGGGAGGAUUGUGAAGGCAUAUUUGUGUAAAGGCAUAGUAGUGAUGAAGUUAGUCAUGAUCUGGGUUAUUUUUUGGUUCAAGAGUGAUUGAUUUAGCUUGCAUUUUGGCUGAAUUUAGUAGUGACAAAGUGAAUAACAAUGGCUAGUGAUGCAAAGAUGAGAAGUUCUCACAAGAGGAAACAUGCUCGGGAAGCCACACAAGCAUCAAAGGUUUCUCAUGUAGGGGAUAAGAAUAUACAAGUUAGUCCAGAACUAUGUCAAGAUACAUUAAAACCAUGCGAUGAGAGUCCAGAACCUAACAUCCAACACCACUCACCUUCCACAAAAGAAGUGGUACAAGAAGAUGCACCACCAUCACAAGAUUCAGCUGCAGACCCGAGAGGACUUAAGAAAACUAGAGGUCCAACGAAAAUGAAAGAUAUUGCUGUGGAGCCUGGAAGUCGAAUUCAUGUUGAAUUUACUGAUAAAGGUGAACCAUGUGGUGAGGGCUCAGUUAGUUUGUCUUCUUAUUUAGGCCCACUUGUACGAGAACAUGUAUCUGUAACACUCCACGAUUGGAGGAAGCUUGGUGAUGACAUAAAAGUAGUUUUGUGGAAAUCAAUUCAGGCAAGAUUUGACUUGGAGGAGGAAUGGCAGAAGGCUGUCGUAUUUAAAUCGAUGGGAUGUAUAUGGAGGGCCUCAAAGUCAAGAUUAGUGAGCCAAAUACAGGAGGCCAAAAACAAAGGAGAAAGACUUCGACUCCAACCUAAGAACAUUCAAAGUAGAGCAGAGUGGAAAAGGUUCAUCCGUGCAAAAACUAGUCCAGCAUUUAAGGCUGUCAGUGAUAAGUAUAAGGCAAUUAGGCACAAGCAAAUCCCACACACAUGUAGCCGAAAAGGAAUGGCUCGAUUGGCAGAAGAUAUGAAAAGGAACAGUGCCGACCCUUCUUCUGUAUCUAGAGUUAAAGUUUGGAUCAGAUCACGUACCAGAAAGGAUGGUAAACCAGUAAACACUGAAGUUUUUGAAACUAUAGAGAGGGUGAAUGUAGUUGAAAGUGAUUUGCCAUCAUCCUCAACAACUAAUGUGAGAGAAGAUGCUUUAUCUAAAGUCUUAGGACACGAUAAACCUGGACGACUAAGAGGAAUGGGAAGAGGAAUGACCAUCAGCAAAUUGGCAUUCUUUCAAACUAAGGACAAGCAUGUGGCUAAGAUGCAAGAGCAACAAAUUAACAUGCAAGACAGGAUAAAUCAUUUGGAGAACUUGGUCAAUAAAUUAGUGAAAAAUAAGAUUCAACAAAGUGAGGAAGAGGAGAAAACAUCUCCAAUGAGCGUCAACACCAACUCAUUGAAUAAGUGCAAGCUACUAGAUUGGAGUGGAACAGAGGACAUUGUUGCUGAAGGUCGCUGGGUUUCAAGUGAUCCAGAAGAGUCUGUCAAUGAAAUUCCCUUGGGACCUAAUGCAAUGAAAGUCUUGGUUGAUAUCUCAAAUAAACCAGAUGCUUUUCUUUGGAGGCCUACAUCUAAUAUGUUUUGUUUUCAACAUGCUCAAGGUAAAACAAUAGCAUGGCCUGCUGACAGAGUUAUUUUUCAAAUGGAUCAGCAGUCUGAGGAACAAGACAAUUUAUCUAUGCCUUCGAGUUCAUACAACAACUCAAGGAACAAGUGCAAAUUAUUUGAUUGGACUGGAAAAGAUGAAGUAGUUGCAGAAGGACGUUGGCAUUCAAGUGAUCCAAAAGCGUUGGUAAAUGGUAUUCCUCUUGGACCUAAUGCCAUGAUAGUUUGGGUAGAUAUUCCAAAGAAUCAUGAAGCAUUUUUAUGGAGGCCUACAAUUGAUAUGACUUGCAUUGAAGAUGUCGUGAAUUCUGCUAUAGCAUGGCCAGCUAACAAAGUUGUUUUGGAAAAGAUAUCAGAAAGUCAAGAUGGUGAAAAUGCAUCCUCUCCUUCGAGUGUCAACUCCAAAUCAAAGAAAAGGUGCAAGUUGUUGGAUGUUAGUGGAUCGGGACAAAUAGUUGCUGAAGGACGUUGGUCCUCAAGUGAUCCAGAUCAGGUUGUUCAUUUUGUUCCCUUGGGGCCUAAUGCUAUGAGAGUUUGGGUAGAUACACCGAAAGUCCCAACUGCAUCCCUUUGGAGGCCAUCAUCCGAGCUGGAAAUUAUUGAAGAUGCUAUUGGUACUACAAUAGCAUGGCCAGCAGACAAAGUGGUUUUCUUUUAGAUCUCCGUUCAGAGAUGCUAAGAGAGCUAUAUAUGAAGGUUAGAAGCUACUAAUGGACUGAUGUGGUCAUGAAUGAUAGGAGUUGAGCACAAGUACUUUUUGAUUGAGACAUUGUAGUACUUGUUUAUAUUUUCCUUUGAUUAAUUUUGCAAACUGAUCGACUGCUAGCUUUUGAGACAAUUUUAUUGAAUUGUAUUUGAAAUUCAUGUAUGAAGUUUGAACCUUGAUGAGAUGAUUGACAUUUAUUUU